UAUGCUUUGCUCAGCGCCUUCCUUCAGACUCUCAACCAUGACCUAUGAAAACGGGUCCAAACCACACUAACCACAUCCCGUACCCAUUGCGAAUUCAAUGAACUCGCCAUACCCAUUGACCCAAAUAAGGUUACGUACUCAGAGAGGGAUGAGAAAAUAGUUCCCGGCAGAUAACAGAUAAAAUGUAAUUUUCAUGUAGACAACACAUGGUGUCCAAGUCACAUCGUACAAUCCGUAUUAAAACGUGCAGAACGAUCAUAAACUGCAUAACGUGCCUAUAGACUUGGUACUUGAGAGACAUGUUUAAUGCGUUCUGUAAAAAACGCAAUGAAUUAAGACAAACAAAAACAUGAAAAAUUACACACGACAUAUGACGACGGAGUACGAAUGCGUCUCACUGGAUGAGGGUGAUGUUUUCCUAUGCUCUUGCGAGAUACGCACGACCGGAUUGUACAGCUGAUAACGUCGUUUUCGUUUCAUUUCGUACCAGCCCACCAAUACAUUUGCGAUCUGAUCUCUCUCACACCUUACAAACCAGCUGUUAACAAUCGUACGCGCAAACCACAUACGCGGCAGAUAAGUUUGCCUUUUCAAUGGCUCUCAUAAAAACCAGUCCCCAGAGCUAGAAAACAGCUUAGUCAGUGCAUUCGCGAAGCUUAAACCAGCAGCACGUUCAAUACCGGUGAAAGUCGGAAUAUUAACUUUAAAAUCAAACAUCGUCUUAAGCCAUGGAGUAUCGAAUAAGCGCCCCGGAGGUACUACGCGAACCUCUGGUAGUGCCGGAAAAGUUGCUAAUGGGACCGGGACCUUCGAAUGCACAUCCACGCGUCCUGGAAGCGAUGAGUCGUCCAAUACUGGGUCACUUGCAUCCGGAAACGCUUAAAAUUAUGGACGACAUUAAGGCGGGUAUGCGGUAUCUCUUCCAAACGAACAAUGCGGCCACCUUCUGCCUGAGUGCAUCGGGCCACGGUGGUAUGGAGGCUACGCUGUGCAAUCUGCUCGAGGAUGGUGACGUUGUGCUGAUCGGUCACACCGGUCACUGGGGUGACAGGGCGGCCGAUAUGGCUUCGAGGUAUGGUGCCGACGUGCAUAUGGUGCAAGCCGCCUCAGGUAGUUCGCUCACUUUGGUCGAGAUUCGAAAAGCCCUGGAAACCCAUCGUCCGUCGGUGUUGUUCCUAACGCAGGGUGACUCUUCCACCGGAGUGCUGCAGGGAUUGGAGGGAGUGGGGGCAUUGUGCCGGGCAAACGAUUGUUUGCUCAUUGUGGACACGGUUGCAUCACUCGGCGGAACACCUUUCCAUAUGGAUCGUUGGGAAAUUGAUGCCUGCUAUACCGGUUCGCAGAAGGUGCUCGGUGCACCGCCAGGCAUUACGCCAAUUUCCUUCAACCAUCGCGCUGUUGAGCGAUACAAACGCCGCCAGACGAAGGUGAAAGUGUACUAUUGGGAUAUGUUCUUGGUUGGUGACUAUUGGGGAUGCUUUGGACGACCACGCAUCUAUCACCAUACGAUAUCUUCAACCCUUCUGUACGGUCUCCGUGCAGCAAUAGCGAUCGCUUGUGAAGAAUCGAUCCCAUCCCUGAUUUCCCGCCAUCAGGAUUGUGCAAAGCGACUUUACGAUGGUCUUCUCGCCCUGGGCUUCGAACUGUACGCCCAGGAACGCGACAGAUUAGCUACCGUCACCACUAUUCGGGUGCCAACGGGUGUGGACUGGCUGCAAGUGUCGCAACAUGCAAUGAAAACCUAUCUGGUAGAGAUUAGCGGAGGACUUGGACCGACUGCUGGGCAAGUAUUUCGCAUCGGGCUUAUGGGACAGAAUGCUACAAGCGAACGGGUAGACCGGGUGUUGCAGGUUUUCCGUGAAUCCAUCAAAGCCGUGAAACCAGACUUCGUGUUCCGCAAGAGUGCAUCAAAAAUGUAAAACAUAUUUAAACAAAGUGUUUCAACCUUUUAACGUGGAAAAAUAUAUCAUCUUUGCUAGAUGUGCGAACCUAUCUAAA